ACCUGGAGAGGAGCUGGCAUCGGGGAGCUGCCAGGCUGCGGAGCUGCUGCCGGAGGAGCAGCAGAGGCUCCCGCACCGCUCUGCGCUGCCUUGUGACUGCGAAAUGAAUGUGCUUAAUAUAGGCCAAGCGAAAAGAGCGAGCCCGAAAUAGAAGCCCUUCCCCAGAAAGCGCCGCAGCUCCGGCGGGAGCAGUCACAAGGGCAGGAUGAAGCUGCUGGGGGCUGUGCUGGUGACGCUCACCCUGCUCCUCCCCGGGGCCUGGGGCAGCCAGGAAACGCGGACCUGCGUCUUCCAGAGCCUGACUGAGGAAGACAGGAAGUUCUGCAGGGGGGAUCUGGAAAUCAUCUACCCCGAGGUGGGGGACGUGGGCUGCACCUACAUCCCCAAGUGCCACGGCUACCGCCAGCGCCUGAGCCUGGAGUGGGGCGAGCCCCGCGUGCGCUUCCCCCGCGCCAAGAAGAACAUGAAAUACGUCCUGGUGAUGGUGGAUCCCGAUGCUCCCAACAGAGCCGAGCCCAGUCUGCAGUUCUGGAGGCACUGGAUGGUCACCGACAUCCCGGGCUUGGAUCUGAGGGUUGGGAAUGUCGACGGGAAGGUCCUGACAGCUUACACCCGGCCCAAACCCCCUCGCCACAGCGGCUACCACCGCUACCAGUUCCACCUGUACAUGCAGCCCGCCGGCGAAAUCAUCGAGCUGAGCGACGAGGAGAGGGAUUCGCUGGGCACCUUUAACUUGGAGGAGUUCGCAGAGGUUUUUGAUCUGGGCCGCCCUGUGGCCACGACCCAAUUCAUCACCAAAAACUACGAGGAUUAACUCCGGCCAUCCCUCCCUUGUCCUGCUCAUCUCCACACCACAGAGGCACCUCUGCCCAGAGCUGGGUGCACCAGGAUGAGCCCACCCUGCUGCCAGCCCAGAGCCACAGCACCAACCCCAAACCUCUCCCUUCUCUCCCUCUGGGGAUCAUGCCAAGAGGUGUCCCAUGAAUUUUGGCAUCACCCCUUCUGUUCCCUUGACCCCCUGCAUGUCCCCCUGGCGCUUUGGACACUUUGAGUUUGAUGCCUGCAGUGUCUCCAAUAAAUCUGGAUGGAGCACA